AUGGACGCCGUACACGAGGCACACCUAGAGAAGAUAUUGGAGAGGCGUCGGCGGCGCAACGCGCCCAACGCCGCAGUCACCAUAUCCUGUUCUCCUCCUGCAGGCGCAGCAACGGAUGAACAAGUGCAGGCAAUCGAAGGAACAGAAACGAGAAGGGCAUCGUCUGCCACGUCCCCAAAGGAUUUGGUGUCGGGAAAUCGCCCCCGUGCUCAAGAAGCAGUUGAUGCGGUGCCGGAGGUUACCCGCACCUGCAAUUCGUCUGCUCACUCAGCGGAGCCCACCCGGGGAGGUGCGGAGGAUGACCGCUGUGUGCCGUGCUUAGUCAUUAAUGUUAGCACGUACCCGGACAGUGACAGCAACCGGAGAAGAUUUACAAUGCUAAGCACGGAUACGGGGUACUGUAGCUUCCCCAUAUCACCUCACGGUAACCCCCGUGGAAACGGUAAUUGUGAAGGGAGCCGCUGGGAGGCUGCAUGUCAUCGGACAAACAGUCUUUAUUCUUCCGUCAAUGGCGAAAGGGGUGCGAUUAACACUGUUACUGCACUUUAUGACGAAUUUCCCAUCGGCCGAACAGUACCGCAGCUUUCUUACAGCAAGCCUGAAGCGUGCUUCAACCCAUCGGGGGAAAACACCAAUGAUUUGAGCAUGCGCAGGUUCGGCUCACCCGGGCGGUGCGUUGUGAGGUUAGUCCAUCGUCAACCCCUUGAGGAAGCGUGUGUUCAGCCUUUGCGCUACGACAGCCCCAACUGUACGCCGGUUUCCCGCACUGGCCAUGCAGAUAGCCUUGCCGUUUGCCCCAUUUUUUCACUUGACACACCACGUCGCGGUGAGCGGGUGCAGCACCUACAGAAUACAAUUUCUAGAGACACGGGUAAGCUGGAGGGUGACAGACUACAAUCAGGGGAGCUGUUUCUUGAAGCGGAGGAACCAAAGCCCUUACCAGCUCCACUGCAGGUGUCACCAUUGCCGGGUGCUCAGGGGGGCGUAGGCACGGUUUCUCUGCGUCCUAACGCCCUGACUAGGCUUCCGGUUGAUGAGUUGAGGCUGACCACCUAUGCGCCUGUGUCUUUGCUAUGUGGCGGUGACUGGUUCUACAAGUGGAGCAGCAGGGCGGGCACCUGCUCUCCGCGGUGGGUAUGGGUGGAUAUUGUGAAUUUAUUCCUUUUAUGGGCGCAUUGGGAGACCUUUGAGACGACAUUCGCUAGGAAAAUUAGGUUAGAUCAUAUCACCCGCGUGUGCUACAAAGAAACAUGUGAAUCAGAGGAAGUUGAAUGCAGAAGUCCCACUCGCGCCCCACGCACUCCGCAUACGUUGCUCGUGAAAACUUCGAGAAGGCUUCUGAGGCUAAGCACGGAAUCCAAAUCGAAGGCCGAUAUCUGGUGCAAAGCCCUGGCAAACCUUUUAUCGCAUCUCACCUCUCCAAGGUCUCAAGCGACCAUGAGCAGCGACGACCCAGUUGCUGCUAUUACGCAGUUGGAUGACCAGAGCGCACAUGUAGUAUAA